CCUCUCCCUCUCUAAUUUCUCCCCCUAUAAAAGGGCACUCUCACCCGUCUCCUUCACCUCCAGAAGCUUUCUCGUUUCAACCGGAGACAUUUCCUGCUCGCUGCUUCUCCUAGCUUCAUGUGUACAUAGCUAGCUAGACUAGAUAGACAGAUACAUACAUAGUACUACUGAGGUUUAUACGAUCGAUCGAAAAGCAAUGGAUGCAUCGGCGGCGCAGGUGGACGUCCCCUCCUACUUCCUGUGCCCGAUCUCCAUGGAGAUCAUGCGGGACCCCGUCACGCUCUCCUCCGGGAUCACCUACGACCGGGACAGCAUCGAGCGCUGGGUCUUCACCGACGGCCACGGCGAGUGCCCCAUGACCAAGCAGCAGCUCGGUGCCGCCGACCGGGAGCCCACGCCCAACCACACGCUCCGCCGCCUCAUCCAGGGCUGGUGCGCCGUGCACGCCGUCGAGCGCUUCCCCACCCCGCGCGCGCCCGUCGACGCCGCGCGCGUCGCCGCCAUCGUCGACGCGGCCAGGCGGGGCCACGACCUGCUGGCGGCCUCCCUCAAGGAGCUCGCGGACAUCGUCGCCGAGAGCGACUGCAACCGCCGCUGCGUCGAGGCCGCGCCCGGCACCGUCGCCUUCCUCGUGUCCGUCCUCAAAAAGCACGCCGCGGAGGACGCGCCCAAGCAGACUUCAUUAGGGUCCCAGUCCCAGGAGGAUCAGAUGUACCGCGCCGUGCUGGCUUCGCCGAAGGCGAGCUCGCCGGAGGACACGGCCCUCAGCAUCCUGCAUUCGCUUAGGCUCUCCGAGGAGAGCUGGAAGAGAAUCCUGGAGCGCGGCGACAACUUCUUGGACACCAUGGCGUCCGUGCUGCGGCGGCCCAGCCACCUCUCGCGCAUGUACGGCAUCCAGCUCCUCAAGGCGGCGGUCUCCGAGAUGCCGCCGGCGCAGCUGACCUCGGCCAGCGCCGAGCUGGUGGAAGGGGUGGUGUCGGUCGUGACGGACAAGCUUUCCACGAAGGCGGUCAAGAUCGCGCUCCACGUGCUCUGCCGGCUAUGCCUGUGGGGCCGGAACCGCGUCAAGGCCGUCGAGGCCGGCGCGGUGGCGGCGCUCGUGGACCUGCUCCUCAACGAGUGCUGCGGCGGCAGCAAGCAGGCGUGCGAGCUCGCGAUCGUCGUGCUGGACCAUCUAUGCGGCUGCGCCGAAGGGCGUCUGGAGCUCGUGGCGCACCCGGCGGGGCUGGCCGUCGUGGCGAGGGCGGUAACGCGGCUGUCCGCCGCGGGGACGGAGAGCGCGGUGCGCGCUCUGCACGCUGUGGCGAGGCACUCGGCGACGCCAGCGGUGCUGCAGGAGAUGCUGGCGGUCGGUGUGGUCGGAAGGCUGCUGUUCCUGGUGCAGGCCGGAGCCGCCGGCGACCGCCCCAGGGAGAGGGCGAGGGAGAUGCUCAAGAUGCACGCAAGGGUCUGGAGGGGAUCGCCGUGCUUCUCGUCGCACUUGAAUGCUUCCUACCCUUCGUGAUAUCACAUGCACGCAAGUAUAUUCUCUUCUUCGCCUUAUCACGGGAUCAAUCCGGAAAAAAAUCCUAUGAGACCGGGUCUAAUACCCAGCAUGAUAGACCCACCCUGAUGGAUGACACCUGGCUUAUCCGAAUCUUCAUGCACGUAAAUCCCCAUUAAUUUCAAUCCCGAUUUUUCAGCCUUUGUUUCCAUCUGCUUAAUAGACCGCCAGGUGUCAGCCAUCGGGGUGGGUCUAUCAUGCUGGGUAAUAGACCCGGUCUCAUAGGAUUUUUUUCCGGAUCGAUCCUGCAUGGCAGUUUGGUAGACGUGGUCUAAGGCUUUCUAAUUGGCCAUUUUUGGUGUGAAGAUUGUAUUGAUUGUUGUUCCAACUUACAACCAGCCGGGAAGAUUGAUAUACACCUAGUAGCUCUCUAAAAUGGGGAGGAUUCAAGUGUACAUUGGAAUUGGAAAAUAAUACUGGGGAUAAUUCAAGUGUA